AUGGCGCCGAGCAUCGUGACAUGGCAUUUUCACUUCUACCCGCCCCGCGCCGCCGUUCUCGAGCUCCGGAAAUCGCCGCCGCCCGCCGUUCCCGAGCUCCGGCCUGCCCGCCCGCCCAGCUCCGGCGAGGGCGCUUGGCUUCCGGCGGGCCGCGCCUGCUCGCCACCGGCCCCGCGCCUGCUCGCCAACGGCGGCCGCCGCGCACCUGCUCGCCCCGCGCCUGCUCGCCACCGGCUCCGGAAAUCGCCGCCGCGCCUGCUCGCCACCGAGCUCCGGAAAUCGCCGCCGCCCGCCGCUCGCCCCGCGCCUGCUCGCCACCGCCCCGGCCCGCCCCCUGCCGCCGACAAGGACCUCUACCUCAUGAGGUGUCCCCUCAUCUGUUUUUAUGCUGUUGAGUACCACUUGCCCCACAGAGUUGCUCGACAGUUCGGAUUGCGCCAGGAGUUUCCGGUGGAGCCAUUCUCGACUUCAAUAGAACUUCAUAAGUUCGACAGACAGAGACAAAAGAAGGUCACGGACUUCGAGACGCACCAUCGUGAUUACAUUGAUGAAUGGGACCAGCAGGGGGAUCUUAACUAUGAGAAUGACCAGGCGCACACAAACUACAACUUCCGGAGGUAUUUGAUUUGGUAUUCUGGUGUGACUAGGUGCAAGCUGAAGGGACAGUGGACAGCUGCAGACUAUGCCGAGCAAGAAUCGUCAGACGACGAAGACACAACUUUCGACAUAGCUGCUCGGCACGGGUCCCAAAUUGAGGCUGCUCCAAUCCUUGAUAGAGUGGUAACUAUUUCUUUACUAAAAUUAGAGAUUCCAAUUCAAUGUUUUAUGUCUAGUUUUGAGCAUUCUAAUGUUUUAACUUGUGAUAGGGAAACUCUAUGCUCUUGGACCAUCUACAGCAGGACUGAGCUCUUCGCGAUCGACGCGGGACACGUUUGA